CAAAAGUCCUCUUCUCACGGUCCAUUCCUCCCGACUGUCCCGUAAUCAUUUCACCACCCACUUGACCUGCUAAACGUUUAGGCUCUCAUCCUCGAGUGCCGUACCGUCCGCCCACUGUGCAUCUGUUUGCACUUCCCCGUUUCCGCACUUGCAUGAAUAGGGAGCAUCUCCAUGGCCUACGACAACCAGCCCGAUCCCCCCCAAAGCUACUAAGGCGUCGCCCAGAAAAGUAGAUAUCCGCUAUCAUUAACUUGUUUAAAUCAAAUCCUCUCUUCGAUUCGCAAUGCUGGGUCGACGCCUCAAGCUGCGCUUUGCUCGCCCCUUGCGAGCUAUCCGUCGCGCCCUGCCUCCGGUCAAUUUCAUCACUCUGCAUUAUGCCUACUUCAUAUUCACCUGUCUUUUGGCCGCCGUCAUCUUCUGGGCUUCCUCUACUGAUACCCAUGUUGAAUUCACUGAUGCCUUGUUUCUUUGUGUCAGUGCCAUGACUGAGGCAGGCUUGAACACCGUCAAUCUCAGUGAACUUAACACAUGGCAACAGAUCAUGCUCUUCGCACUCAUCUUCGUUGGGUCUGCAAUCUUUGUGUCCAAUUUCGUUCUUCAGGUCAGAAGAAGAGCAUUUGAACGAAAGUUCAUAAGCAUCAUCGAAAGCAGGAAGCGGAAGCAACGGCGAAACUCUUCACGCGGAUCUGCUUUCUCUAUGUCCAGACUCUCGAUAAGCAGAUCUCGGGAGAACCAAAAUCCGAAUCUGGGACUGAAUAAGUCUAACUCGACUGAUGUGAACGAGGCACAGAGUCCCGUUAGAAGAGGCCGCGCUUCCAUUAGCAAAAUCUCCCUCCGUCUGAGCACGAGCAAAGACACGAACGGGGCCAGUGACCGCCCGAAUGCUGCUGAGGAUGAGCUGAACGAUGCCACCUCUCCGGACCGUAUCACUUUUAGCCCCGAAACCGUGUUCCGUUCCCAGAAACAACAAGACGACCAGAUCUCGCCGACGAAGCCAAGACAUCGUGUUUUCUCCGUCUCCGGUGUUGGUGCCAGAUCUGAAGCGAGCCUCCACCGUGUCACGUCUGUGUCACGCACGUCUGUCGCUGAGGAGGGACCCGCUGCUGGUAAUCAGUCUACUGCCGACUAUUUUCCUUCUUCUGGCUACAUUUCCCGCAACUCAACGUUCCACAACCUGACAGAGGCCGAACGUCAGAAGCUGGGUGGUGUGGAGUACAAAGCACUGUUGUGGCUAUCCUGGAUCGUUCCGUUGUAUCUGAUCCUCUGGCAACUGCUUGGAGCCUUAGGUUGUGCUGCCUGGGUCGCCUAUAACCGCCCAGACACUGCUCGAGCUAAUGGUCUAAAUCCAUGGUGGGUAGGUGCUUUCAACGCGAUAUCUGCCUUCAACAACUCUGGUAUGAGUUUGCUCGACGCCAACAUGGUCGCUUUCCAGACGUCGUACUACCUACUUCUUACCAUGGGUGUCAUGAUUCUUGCCGGAAACACAUGCUAUCCAAUCUUCCUGCGCUUGAUCGUCUGGACAAUUUACAAGCUUUUGCCCAAGACUGCCAGAUAUGACGACCAUCGAAACACUCUGCGUUUCCUCCUCGACCAUCCGCGUCGUUGUUACACCAAUCUCUUCCCGUCAGAGCACACAUGGUGGCUAGCCUUUGCCGUUUUCGUCCUCAAUGGCGUUGAUUGGGCUGCUUUCGAGAUCCUCAACAUUGGCAAUCGCGUACUAAAUGAUACCAUUCCUAUCCACAUCCGUGUUCUUGACGGUCUAUUCCAAGCUUUCGCCGUUCGCUCCGGUGGCUUCUACGUGGUUUCCAUUCCCACGGUGCGCAUCUCACUCCAGGUCCUCUAUGUUAUCAUGAUGUACAUUUCAGUUUAUCCUGUUGUCAUCACCAUGAGAAACUCCAACGUCUACGAAGAGCGAAGUCUAGGCGUGUAUGAUGAAAACGACCCGGAUGACUUGUCCGAAGCCUCGACAGACCCCAACAGCAUCUACAGCAAAUUUCGAGGUAUCAAGAAACAAUUUGCUACUGGAUUCGGUGGAUUAAGUGAGGGUAAGAGUUACUUUUUACAGCAACAGUUGAGGGCGCAGCUUGCGCAUGAUGCUUGGUGGAUUGUGUUUGCGGUCUUCCUCAUCAUGAUUAUCGAGGGCGGUCAAUUUGAGCGUGACCCGAAGACCUUUUCAGUUUUCAACGUCAUCUUCGAAGUCGUUUCCGGCUAUGGCACAGUUGGUAUAAGCGUGGGAGUCCCAGACAAUGCAUACUCUUUCGCUGGCUCCUGGCACAAAUUGAGCAAGCUGAUCCUCUGUGCUGUUAUGUUGAGAGGAAGGCACAGAGGCUUGCCCAUUGCUAUUGAUCGGGCUGUGUUGUUGCCAAACGAGAGACAAGACUUGGCCGAGGAGGAGGAUGCAGCCAUCAGAAUGGAGAGGGCAGUGAGCAGACAAACUGUCAAUGGUGAGGUCGUUUGAGAUUUUCACCAAAAAGAGGCGAUCCCCGAAGGAAUGCGCGAGGGUUCGGGGUGUAGAAGAGGCUCAACGAGAGAGGGGCGAAGAGGAGUAAACGAUAUGAGCAAGGUGGAGGAGAGCGGUAGGGGAUGUCUCGGGGUGGUGGGUGUGUGUCGAGAUUGAGCAUCAGAAGUCAUCCUGUAUAAGUAUUAUGCUGAUAGUAAUCAUCUUCGGUGCCCUUGCAGCAUCAUUGAACGCUGGUUCAGACAAGGGGGGUUGUAGAAAUGCUGCAUCAAGCCAGGAGUCACCUCCCAAAAGUCUGGAUUGAGGUCAAUGUUUAGUGUGU